AUGGUCUCUUGGAGUAACAUCUUCACUCUGGCCCUUGGCCUUGUCGGCUCAGCACGUGCCUACACCAACCCCAUCAGAAACCCAGGUGGAGGCGAUCCCCAGAUCACUUACACUGGUGGUUAUUACUACCUCAUCUCCACAGAAUGGACCAACUUGCAGCUAACCCGGGCUACAACCAUUGAGGGACUCAAGACCGCUACUCCCAAAGUCAUCUACAGUGACACUGACCCCAGCCGAUCAUCUAAUGUGUGGGCUCCUGAGCUUCACUACUUGGGUGGAAAGUGGUACAUCUACUAUACCGCUGGUAAAUCAGAGGACCUUACCGGACAGCGUUCGCAUGUUAUCAAGGGUGGUGCAACACCCUGGGAUGCCUGGUCCUACGGAGCAAAGCUUUCUGAUGAUUGGGGCAUUGAUGGUACCAUCCUUCGCACCAGCCAAUUUGGCAACUACUUUGUCUACUCCUGCAUGACUGGUGUCCAGUACCAAUCAACAUGUAUCCGCAAGCUCGGAGCCGACUUCCUGUCCGCUGGUGCCCUAAGUAUCAUCUCGCAGCCCGAUCAAAGCUGGGAAAAGAGCGGCACCCCCGUUCAAGAGGGCCCCAACGCUCUCUACUUUGGCGGCAAGACCUAUAUCACCUACUCUGCAAACUACUGCUGGACUCCAGAUUAUUGUGUCGCUACUCUGCUAUGGGACGGCAAGACUGACCCUUCCAAGGCCUCGGCUUGGAAGAAGUCCAACGGCUGUGUUCUCAAGAGUGGCAAUGGAAGUUACGGAACUGGUCACAACAGCUUCUUCCAGAGCCCCGAUGGCAAACAGACCUACAUCACCUUCCACGCUACAUCAAACAGCAAGGGUGCAUGUGACGACACCCGAUAUGCUAUGACCCAGCCUCUUACUGCCAAUGCUGAUGGCACACCUAACUUUGGAAAGGUCCAGCCAUUUUCUUUCCAGUUUUCUGAGCCCCCUAAAUAG